GCUCCACGAGGGGGCUGUGGGCUGUGCCCAGCGGGAGGAGGGGGCUGCUGCUGGGGACUUCAGGGUGAGGCAGGUGCAGUUCAGCUGCUUUUCAGCGCUGCCAUUGACAGACAGAAGCUUUGUUCAUCACUGUGGAAUGCCUGGUAUGAGAAGGCAGAGCGUCAGGAUAGAGAGAAGGUCCUUGCUGAGCUGCUGUAAUGAUGAAGACAGUGAUUUUAAUUGUGCUAAUCAUCUUCUGUUUGCUGGCUUCAGGGAAGAAAUUCCGAUGGUGCACCCUUUCUGACCUGGAACAAAGGAAGUGUGCUGAGCUCUCCAAAGCGCUUACGGCUGUGCUGCCCCUCACUGCUGCCAGUUCCUUUAGCAGGGUCUCUUGCAUCAGAGCCCACAAUACAUAUGACUGCAUUGAUAAAAUCAGGGCAAAUAAAGCAGAUGCUGCCUCCCUGGAUGCUGGAGAUGUUUACUCUGCUGUGAAGCUGUAUGGUUUGGCAGUGGUGGCCAAGGAGAUCUAUGAUCAAGGAAAUUGUGUGUUUGCUGUGGCCAUUGCCAGACGAGGAACUCUGGAUAUCCAGAGCCUGCGAGGUGUGCGCAGCUGUCACAAUGGAGCCAGGUGGACGUCAGGCUGGAAUAUUCCACUUGGCUUUCUCCUUGCAAGAAAUUAUCUUUCCUGGGAUGAGACACAGCCUCUGAGCCAAGCAAUUAGUGAGUAUUUCAAUGCAAGCUGCAUCCCUGGGGUUGGUGUUGCUGCUCCCCGAUUGUGUGCUCUGUGCCAGGGACAAAAAUCCUACGUCAGAGACAGGAACCACUUCUGUGAGACGAGCAGUAAUGAACCCUUCUACGACUCUGAGGGAGCCUUCAGGUGCUUGAAGGAAGGAGUGGCAGAUGUUGCCUUUUUAGAUCAUCUAGGAAUUAUGAGUGCCACAGAGUCAGAGCAGCAGGAGUUUGAGCUCUUGUGUGCCGAUGGCUCCACAGCAGAACUGGCUGAGUACAGCGCCUGUCACCUGGGCAAGGGGCCCGGCCGCGGCGUCGUCACCCGCAACAACUUCCAGAGGGUCACCAACAAAUUUCUUAGCAUGAUCCAACGCCUCUUUGGGCGUAAAGGAAAGGAAAGAGCCAGAUUUGAACUCUUCAGUUCAGCACCCUUUGGGGGAAGGAACCUGCUGUUCCGAGAUGCCACUCAGCACCUGCAGCUUCUGGAGGAGCAGCUGGAGAUUGCCUAUGUCCUUGGUCUGGAUUAUGUAGCUCUCCUUAAGGGACUCGGCCACGAAGGGAGCUCCCUGGACAACAGCGUUGUGCGCUGGUGCUGCAUCAGCGAUGCUGAGCUUCGCAAAUGUGAGGAGUGGGCGCUGAACAUCAAAUCUGACCCGCUAGUCUGUGUCCAAGCAACUUCCAUGACCAAAUGCAUCGAAAUGAUCAAGAGCAGUGAGGCUGAUGCAGUCACCCUGGACGCAACACACGUGUACAUUGCAGGGAGAUGUGGACUGGUGCCUGUGGCUGCAGAAUGCUAUGGGGGAGAUUGUGCCCCACCAGCUGAGACCAUGGAGGAAACAGGGAAACUAAUUCAUCCUAAGCACAAAGCACUACCACCAGUUUAUGCUGUUGCCCUAGCUAAGAAAAGUGCCAAACAGAUUCACAUCCAUAACCUUAGGGGAAGGCGAUCCUGCCACAGUCACCUGUACAGCCCUGCAGGAUGGUUGCUGCUGUCCAGGCACACGGUGGGAGCUCGGCAGAAUGACACUGAGAGCUGUGAUAUUGCCUCUGCUUAUCAGAAUUACUUCUGGAAGGGCUGCAUGCCAGGAGCAGAUGGGAACCUGUGCAAGGUGUGCAUUGGAGAUGGUGAGGUGGAGGGAGCUCGUGUGUCCAGCAGAUGUGCUGCAAGCCACAAUGAACGUUACUAUGGCAAUAUGGGAGCUCUCAGGUGCCUGGUUGGCAAUCCCAGUGGGAGAAGCUUUGGAGAUGUAGCUUUCCUGGAACACUCUAACCUGCUCCAGAACAUAGAGGAUCUGGGCAGCUCUGGUUGGGCAAAAGGUUACAGCCCCCUUGACUUUGAACUGCUGUGCCCGGACGGAACACGCGCCGCAGUCACAGAGUGGCCCGGCUGCCACCUGGGGCCCAUUCCCCCCAGCACAGUCAUGACCCGACCAGUCACUGUCACUAAAAUCUCUGACUUCCUGCUGCAGUCUCAGGAAUCUCUGGGAAGCAAAUUGGAUUCUGAAUUCCAGCUCUUUCAGUCGUGGAAGUAUGGUGAAAGUGAUCUGCUUUUCAAAGACACUACUCAGUACCUUGUUCAUGCAAGUCACCUGAGCUAUGAGGAGAUCCUUGGAGAGUCUUUUGUUCAGCUAGCAGAAUCGGUGUUUAAUUGCACACCUGCAGGCAUCUUGGACUUCUGCAAACAGGAUAUCUGUGCAUCCUCAUCCAACUGACAGCUCCUACAGAGGCUUUGCAGGGCACAUCACAUCAGCAGCAUUGCUGAGAACAAGGAAAACGUGCAAGUCCAACCAAUCCAAAGCAAUCAGCAAGGAAACAGUCAUCUCUAGGAAUGUAUGCUGAACACCUUCUUGUCUUGCUUUUUUCCAGCAGACUUUAUGUGUCUGAGGAUGUAAUACUACUCAUACGUCACCCCUUUCUUUUUUGGAGCAUGGCAGCAGGGGAACAGCACAACCAACAGCACAGAACUAGGAUCAGCAUCGUGGAAAGGGCAGGGCCAGAACCAUGGACUAAAACACAGCCUGGUAUGAGUGGCACAGGUUAGUUGGAAGCAUUUUUGCCUUGUUUGUCUUAUAAAGUUUCCAUGCAAAACCCCCAAUCAACUGACAUUUGGGUAGUUGCACCAUUGUCUUCCUAUAUCUGUGAUUUUGGUUGUAGCUAGAUAGUCCCUGCUGAAUGCACAUACAUAUUUCCUCUUUAACCAAUGAUUUUUACUAGUAAAUCAACAUUUUUUCUCACAAAUACAUGUAUUAAGACAUUUAAUGGCCAGCAGAACUGGAUGCUUGCAGCAAUGGAUAUUCCUCUUUGUCAAGACCUCCAACCAUUACUUUAUAUUGACACUUUAAAUUUAAGAUUCAUUGAAAUGUCAAAAUAUUAUCUAUCAAUUAAACACCACAAGUUUUACAAGCAGAAGCUGGCUGAACAUGAUAUGAAGCCUUUUGAACAGAAAUAACCUGUAUCAUGUAUUGUCCCAGUAUAAUGACAGAGCCCAAUCCUCAAUCUGCUGUUGCAGCCAGCCAGCUGCAGCCCCGAAGGAGCAGGGAAAGAGCAGGAUGCUUGUUUAGGCCUCCUUUUUAGGCCUCUCAGGUGUUCCUGCCUUUCAUUCCUGAAGCCUCCCUGCCAUCUGUGGGCCUGUGUGACACUGCACCUGGGAGGAGUUCUGAGAACACGGUGAAGAAAUGCAUCUGGCAGCCCAGCUUUGCCAAGAGCAGCGUGCAGCUGAUCAGGGAUAAAUUAAAAAUCUGGGUUAUACACAAGCUUUUAUGGGUUGGAAGGGCAGGGAUGUUGUUUUCUGACACAGACAUUACAAAUGUUUACUAGGCCUUGUUGAUCCCGUGCUCCAGCUUUGAUUCAUACCUCAGGGGGCUGCCUUGCACAGCCUGUGGUACAUGAACCUUGAGCUCUGAGCUGAGCAGGGACUGUCUGUGCUUUCUGUGCUCCUGUUAUGCUGCUAUCUGAAGAGAGGGACGCUGCCUCAGUGCUCUGAGCUGAGAUCACGCCUAAAAUCUCCCAGGCUGGGAUGAAGGAACAGCAGAACUGCUGCUCAGUGCCUCACUAACAGUACACCCUGUUACUAAACAGUGCUGAUCUCUUUGGAGACUUGACCUUUCCCCCCGUCAUGUAAGACAUUUUAUCAUGCAUAUUUACCCAUACAAGCCUAAAGGCCUUAAAAACCUGAAAGGUUCUCAGAAAAAUUUAUUUCCAUAAAUUAAAAACACACACAAAAGAAACAGUAAAAUUUUAGAUUCACACAAUAUCGAACAGAAACAAAAUGCCAAGAGCAUGAUGGAGGCUAAUGGCACAAGUGUACAAAUCUCAUUGAGCUAUUUGUUAACUUGAUAGCAUCAUACAGACUUUUAAUCCACAGUUACAAUCCAUAUUCUAGAAAAGCACCUGGAACAUAAUAUACCAAAGGCCCACCUGAAAUAAAGUACAAGAAUGAGAACUGCUUGCAGGAAAUCAUGUCCAGCAAGUACCAGAACUCAAAGCCAGCCACGCAAAUGCUGUACCAUACAUUAAAGAGCCUGAGCUGCUCCAGUCAUAGCAUGAUGAAAACAAUUUUCUUCUUCUUUUUUUUUUUUCUUUUUAAAGUGAUCUUUCUAUCUCUAACAAUCAGCAAAUUUAGCAAAGAGCUGCCUGGCUCUGCAUAACUUACUACUAAGAGACAGGACAUGGCCAAAGCUUUGCAAUCCUUCUCAAGCUGUUCUAGUCAUCAGUCUGUGAUGUAUUUUUUUAUGGUGAUACAAAAACAUCCUCAGUGGAGUGGGUUUGCUGAAUGAAAAGGGGCAAGUAUACAUAUCCUCCUGCUAGGGAUGUAUUCAGGACCCCAAAAGAUGAAUUCUCUACAGUUUUUCCUUUCAAUUAUCUGUGACAGAAGCAGCUCAGAAUGGCAAAUGCCCAGCUUUGCCCAGCCAUCACUCCCAGUGUACAAGCAGCAGCCACAAGGAACAAUGGCUGUUCCAUGAGUGCUGUAAACAGCAACAGAGGUGGGAAAGGAAAAAACAAAAAAGUGCACAAACAGGACUGACACCUGUAUGCUGGAGGGGGGAAAAGAUGCUUGGUCUCCACUAGCUUAUAUCAUCAUACAAACACUAAACCAAGAGAAUAAUGCUGUGUUUGGGUUUCCACAAACUAAGGUCUGGGAGAAGCUAGACAACUGCAACAUCAUUUUGUAACUCCUCCAAUUACUGUAAACCAAAGAGAAUUUGAGUGUUUUCUUUGCUCUCUCCGCUGUAGCUUGUAGAAAAAAAGUUCAGAAAUCUUAUUUCAAUGCAAUCAGAAACAAGAGAAAGCAGGGAAGAAAAUAAAAAAAAACCCACCCUAAACAAAACAAAACCCAAUAUAACCCAAAGGAAAAGUCUCAACACAUUUCAUGUUUUGAAUCACAUUAGAGGUCUGAACUUUUCCUGGACCCAAGUCUCUUCCCCCCAACCCCAAUCUUUAUUUCCUUGAAAGCCCCAGUAAGGUUACAGCUUAAUUGUGUCACAGCACUGGAAGCCUCCCAUAUUAAUAGAAGGUGAAUGAAUGCUCUGUAACAAUCACAUUCUAUAGCAUAAAUUCAUAAAAAUAUAUCUCUCACUCUUGCUACUGCUUCCAACUAGUCAGUAAUUGGGCUAGCAAGCCAGCAUAGGGAAACUUUCAAACAUUUUUUAGGAGGCAGUUGACAUUUGUUUUUUAGGGAUUUCUUUUUACAAAAAUAAAGAAGAUCAAUUAGAAUGUUCUACAACAGCCCAAUAGGUUAACCAGAAAAAUACUAUGUCAAUAUGUUUAAAGUUUGCUUUGUUAUUUUACCCUCAAACUCCAAACACUACUACUCUAAAUGUGCACUCCUCUCUUUUCUUCAGUCUUCCUGAUUAAAGAUAAUUAGCCUUCAAAACAAGAAUACAAACUUUUAGAAAUCCCAGCACAUAAGCUGGAAGCAAAACAAACCCAAAUCAGAUUUCUUUCAAGACUCAGGCACACACAGUGUAAUAAUCCUCUUCCAUUUCUCUACUCUCAAAGCUCUGAAAUUCAACAGAUUGCUUGUUAACAUUGAGUUUUCUGUUUGGUCAGUAACAGAAGUGGUAGAGCAACAGAAGAAAAUGAUGGUAUUUGCAGUCCUGCAUUUAUUGGGACUUUAUAAAAAAUACCCACCCACUAGAUAUUUGCUCAAUUUGAAGGUAAAUAGAAACUCUAUUAUAUGGGUAGAUAAAUAAGAAAGUGCAAGUUCAAGUGACAAGUGAAGGAAAGAACAGACUAAUUAAAUUUGAGCAUUCCAGCAACGACAGCUUUGCCUGAAUGACUUCUCUAGGCACUAAGGGACAGAAAUUACCUGAACUGCAGCUAGCAUUGGAAUUAUGCUUCAAGUUAAGUUUAACAGAAGUUAUGGCAGAAGGGAACUCCCUUCCAAAGGUAGAGCUGAGAAAUUGCCCAGUGCUGCAUCAGAUGAUUCCAUAUGGCCUUACAUGAGGAAAACAAUCACAUACUCAGAGGCUCUUUGUACAUCACUGCCUAUGAUACAACUGUGCUGCACAGAGAAUAUCUAAUGAGGAGCUACAGGAAUUGUAAAGCUAAAAUGGUAAAAAACCCCUUCUUGUUGACAUUAAAAUCAAGUUAGUAUUAAUGGAAUUAAAAUAACUUUAAAACUA